ACUGCGCGUCGGAGCCGCUCCUCUGACACUCGUGUGAAGUGAUAGAAGAAGAAGUGUCAUGGCGUCUCCUGCUGGCUGUGAACAUUACAUCCGCAGCUGUCUGCUCAAAGCUCCCUGCUGUGGGAAGCUGUACGUGUGUCGGCUGUGCCAUGAUGCCGAGGAGAACCACCAGAUGGAUCGAUUCAAAGUCCAAGAGGUGCAGUGCUCCGACUGCCUGACGGUGCAGCAGGCCCAGCAGACUUGCCAGCAGUGUCAUGCACAGUUUGGGGAGUAUUACUGCGACAUCUGCCAUCUGUUUGACAAGAAUAAGAAGCAGUACCACUGUCAGGCCUGUGGAAUAUGCAGGAUCGGGCCCAGAGAGAAGUAUUUCCAUUGUGAGAAGUGCAAUUUAUGUUUAGCUCAGGAGCUGCGAGGGAACCACAAGUGUGUGGAAAAUGUCUCGAGGCAGAACUGCCCGGUCUGUAUGGAGGAUAUUCAUACAUCCAGAAUCGGAGCUCACGUCCUUCCGUGCGGCCACCUUUUACACAAGACCUGUUUCGAUGACAUGGUCAGAACAGGAGCGUACCGCUGCCCGCUGUGCAUGCACUCAGCCUGGAGCAUGGAGGACCACUGGGACCUGAUCGACAAGGAGAUCGCUCAGUCUCCGAUGCCCACCGAGUACCAGGGCGUCACAGUCAAGAUAAUCUGUAACGACUGCCAGACUCACUGCAUGGUGCCUUUCCACGUGUUGGGGAUGAAGUGCACGGGCUGUGGCUCCUACAACACGGCUCAGGACGGAGGUCUCAUCCACCCGCCGCCGCCGCCGCCGCAGCAGGACGCCGCCAACGAGCCGGACACGGAGCCCGAGCAGCAGGAUCAACAGGAUUCCCCCUCCCCGCUCUAGCACAGCAGAACCGGACGUUUGAUCACGGACUCCACCUGCAAGGACUCUGUCUGUCCGACAGUGCAGAAAACUGUCUUCAUGAUCUGAUUCUAAAUCCACCUGUUUUCUGUAACAGCCUCACUCCAGCAAACAUUUUAGAGACAUCAAAUGUUUCUCACGUUUAAAGAUGACUUCUUAUGACGUUGCAGCUUCACAGGGUGACUCUGUGUUGAUAAAUGAGCUUUGAUGUUUGAUGUGGAAACAUGUCCAGGUGAAGGAGGCUGCUGCAGCGUCAAAAAGAUCAAAUUAAUGAAUUCACCUUUUAAAUACGCUGCUUUUGUCAGUGCAUGAAGUUAAUGAAGAGAGUUCCUCGCAGCAGUGUUUGAUACCUGUCGAUGAAGUCUGGAGAGUAGAAUGUAGUGGUUUGCACUCCCGCCUCACAUUGAGAAUAUCCCCGGUGUGAAUGCAUCUGGGUGUCGGUUCGGCAUCGUUUGAGGCUAAACAGUGACUCAAAAUUAUCUGUAAAUGUGAUGGUCUGACAGCUUGGGUUGGAUAAUGGAGUUUAUGAGACAGAUGUAUCUGCAUUGGGUUGAGGAGCAAUACAGCUCAUGCAGUCUUUCUACGUCAUCUUAUGGCUGCUUGGACGCCAGUGCAUCAUUAAAGUGUUGGAGCAGCUCUUUCCACCAUCUGAGGAAACGCUGCACUGACAGUGAGAAACUGCUGCGUUGGACUGAUCUUAGCCUGAGUGGAGGAAAUCCACAAAUUUAAUGUGUCUGAAUCAAACCGACUCAAACCAGGAAGAUCUUGACCGCUGAAUGUGGGAGGGUUAGUCUUUGAGUUUAUUUUCAGGGUCUGCAUCCUCCAGAGAGUCAAAGCCAGAACUUCACUGUAAAGGAGCACUUAAGUUCAUUUAGUCUGAAAGUUUAACGACACAAAAGGGAAAUCUGAACAAUUGCAAAUGAGAAACUUUGUUUAUUGCUUAAAUACAUUCGGCCGGUACUCGUCUCUAGUUAGUUCUCAGCCUGCAGUCUCUAAUACUCUAAAACACCAGAUUACUUUGAAUUUAAUGACUUGUGAAUUUCAAGAAUUGAUUGAAGUCUAGGUCAAUAUCUAGUGAGUUUAGAAACAAAGCAUCUCGGUUGUUUGAGUUAGUCUCAUGAGUAAACAAUUGGUUUAAUAUGUUUGUGGAUCCUGCACUGCUUUAACAUUGGAAAUGUGUUCACUGUGCCGGCUUGAUGUUUGAUGAAUGUGGUACAUUCAUCCAAGAUCAUUGUACUGAACUUUGGGGGGUUUUCCCCCCAUUAUCCAUCACUUUUAUUACCAGCAGCAAGCUGCAAAAAAAAAGUUGCCGAUAGCAUUUCCUCAGAUCUUGAACAAG